UUGGGCAAACACGGUACUUUUAAUAUACCGGCUACGUGAGAUAUAUUGUACAGCGAUACGCCGAGAAGAGAGGGAAAAAUAGCCCGACAGCCCGACUGGCUGUGGGCGGAGGGAGACGCAGUGAGUAGAGAAGCCGUGUCACCCAGUAACUGCAGCGGAGGAAACGCAGCUUCUCCCUCAUUGGUCCGUUUAUUGGAGCCGCUUCACUCAGCGCGAUUCCUAAAGCGCCGGCGCCGCUGCUGCUCAGUACGUGUGAGUCGGGAGAGACUCUGUCAGAAGCUGAAGGGUCGGUCUGUGGUCCCCAGUUCGCGAUGAGCUUCUUUGUGUUUGUCGCUCUGCUCUUCGGGGCUCUUUGCGUCUGUUCGCGCGUUCAGGGUCAUGUAGAUACAUAUGUUAUUGCCUGUCAGACCGGUGACACUGACCCUGAGGAUGACAAAGAGUUCGACGGAGAUGAGAUUGUGUACGUAGAUCUCAAAAAGAAAGAGUGGGUGGGCACAAUGCCUGACUUUCUUCAGCAGUUAGAUGGUCAGAACUUGGUUCAGCAGGCACUGGUAGAGCAACGGAUUUGUAAGAGCAACCUGGAUGUGGCUGUUAAAGCUGAAAAGAACCCACCUGAAAAGAUCGAUCGUCCUCAAGUCACAGUCUAUCCCAGAGAUGAAGUUUCAUUGGGAGGAAGAAACAAGUUGAUCUGCUUUGUGAACAACUUCUUCCCACCACCUGUGAAAGUGAAGUGGACUAAGAAUGAUGUGGAGGUGACAGAGGGGGUCACUCUGAGUCGCUACUACCCCAACAAGGAUUUCACCUUCAGACAGUACUCUACUGUACCCAUCAUCCCACAGGAGGGGGAUGUUUACUCCUGCACCGUGGAGCACAAGGGAUUUCCUGAACCUGAAACCAGGUUCUGGGAUGUGGAAAUUCAGGACACAUCAGACAUCGGAAAGACAGUUUUUUGUGGAGUAGGACUAACCCUUGGUUUCUUGGGAGUGGGAGUUGGAACCUUCUUUCUCAUAAAGGGGAACAACUGCAAUUAAAAAAGUUUUCCAUGAAGAUUGCAGAGCAAGAACUGAAAUGGGGAGGCUGUAACAAUUCCUUUCGGCCGUCAUUUAUUUUCAUUUUAACGAUAUGUACAUUGUAAGAAUUUACUUUUCAUGACAGCUAUGAGGAUAGCAUCAGUAACAAGUAAUCUGAAAACCAAACCUGAAAGAUUGUGUUAAAAAUAUAAAGCUCUGAACAAAUGCAUGUGUGAACUUGAACAUAUUCAUAAUAAUGUGAUGAUUUAGCUUUAAUUUUUUUUAGUUUUUUUUUUAGUUUUUUUCCUCCACUCUAAGUGGUUGUGAAGCUGUUUCUUAAUUUUGUUUGAGCUGUACUGGUAGCCAUCCCAUGUUCAGUAAUACAUUUAUCAUCAUCACAUCUUCAUGGCAAGUUUUAGUUUGCCACUUAUAUGCAUAACAUGUAUAAAUCAAGCAACUCAAUUUUUUGCUAAUUUUUCUGAACAUCCACAGAGAAAGAACAUUCACAGGUGUACAGUUGCUUCCCAACUUAAGUUUGUCACUUU